AUAUAGUUUCCAGUCUCAGUUAAGUCUUAAAACAGAAGCAGAAAAUCACAGUGGAGGUUGCUCUGACUGCAUUUGGAAAGCUCUGAAGCUUUAAAGGGAGGCAACAUUGUUUUAUGGCUUGUUUCAUAAACAGCUACAACUCUGAACUUGCUUCUUGUUUCUCAUUGAGGAGCCAGACUACACAAUGGUUUCUUCACAGUGUACAGUGAGGAUCCGCCUCUGGGCCUGGGAGCAGGGCCUUAGCCCUCCCUGCCAUUCAGCACUAUCCUGAGGACCAGUGCAUUUUCUGAUUGUUUUGCAUUUGCCAAAAGUUACUGUGUCCCCUGGCCCCCUUUUACUCCUCACUUCAUGGACGCAAAUCCAGUUACAGCUAGAAAGGAGUCUGUGGCAAAUUUGGAAUACCUUUGGAGUCACGGAAAUACUGUAAUCUGAAUCUGUAAAGAGAUAUACAGGAUAUUUUAAUAUAUGACUAUCACCCCGUGAAGAAAGUUUUGCCCUUCUUAUACAUGUUAAUACAUAUCAACUUCAUUUUAUAUUUUAAGAAUAUGACAUUUAGAUUCAUCUCUUCAUAUACACUUCACUAUAGCUGUGGAGGAUGUACCCUUUAAUUCAGCAGGUAUCUAUUGAUCACCCGCUAUGUGCCAGGCAAUGUUGUAGCAGCUGGGAUAACAUCAGUGGACAGAAAGACAAAAUCCCUGCUCCUGUGGAGCCUGCUUUCUAGUGGGAGCAAUAGAUAAUAUGCAAAGGACAUAAUAAGUAAAUAAUUACUGCUCUCAAAGGGUGCGAUAUAUGUUAGAAGGUAAUAUGUGCUAUGGAAUAAAGAAAACGUAGAACAAGGUAGAGGGGGAUCCAGAGUGCUAGGGGUGUGCUUUGCAAUUUUUUUUUUUAAUUUAUUUUUAUUGGCUGUGUUGGGUCUUCGUUGCUGCACGUGGGCUUUCUCUAGUUGUGGUGAGCAGGGGCUACUCUUCAUUGUGGUGCAUAGACUCCUCAUUGUGGUGUCCUCUCUUGUUGCGGAGCACAGGCUCUAGGUACGUGGGCUUCAGUAGUUGUGGCACAUGGGCUCAAUAGCUGUGGCUCACAGGCUCUAGAGCACAGGCUCAGUAGUUGUGGUGCACGGGCUUAGUUGCUCCCUGGCAUGUGGUAUCUUCCUGGGGCAGUGAUCGAACCUGGGUCCCCUGUACUGGCAGGCAGAUUCUUAACCAAUGCGCCACCUAGGAAGUCCUGCAAUUUUAAACUCAAUUUUAAAUUAAGUGGUCAAGUCAGGCCUUGUUAAGAGGGUGACAUCCGAGCCAGGACUCAAAAGAAUCGAGGUGGGGAGCUAUGAGGACAUCUGGGAGAGGGAUUCCAGCCAGAAGGAACAGCCCAGCACAAAGGCCCUCAGGCAAGAUCGUAUCUGACGUCGAGCGCCGUCGCAUUUACGAUAUCGUCAACGUCCUAGAGAGUCUACACAUGGUGAGCCGGCUUGCCAAAAACAGGUACACUUGGCACGGGCGACACAACCUCAACCAAACCCUUGGGACGUUGAAAAGCGUCGGGGAAGAGAACAAGUACGCCGAGCAGAUUAUGAUGAUCAAAAAGAAAGAAUAUGAACAAGAGUUUGACUUUAGUAAGAGUUACACGAUAGAGGAUCCGAUCAUCAAGUCAAACACUGGCCAAAAUGGACACCCAGACAUGUGUUUUGUCGAACUCCCUGGAGUGGAAUUUCGUGCAGCCUCUGUAAACAGCCGCAAAGACAAGUCUUUAAGAGUGAUGAGCCAGAAAUUUGUGAUGCUCUUUUUGGUGUCAACGCCUCAGAUAGUAAGCCUGGAAAUUGCUGCCAAGAUUUUAAUUGGGGAGGACCAUGUGGAAGAUUUGGAUAAAAGCAAGUUUAAAACAAAAAUUAGGAGGUUAUAUGACAUAGCUAAUGUUCUAAGUAGCCUGGAUCUUAUCAAGAAAGUUCAUGUUACGGAGGAAAGAGGCCGAAAACCAGCUUUUAAAUGGACAGGCCCAGAAAUCAGUCCAAAUUCCAGUGGUCUCAGCCCAGUCCUUCCUUUUGCUCCCUCUGAUUUGGAAGUAAGGCGGUCUUCAAAAGAGAACUGUGCCAAAAACCUCUUUUCCACACGUGGGAAACCAAACUUCACUCGACACCCUUCCCUCAUCAAACUGGUAAAGAGCAUAGAAAGUGAUCGGAGAAAGAUAAAUUCUGCCCCCAGUAGCCCUGUCAAAACCAACAAAGCUGAGGGUUCUCAGAAUUCUGCACCUUUCCCAAGUAAAAUGGCUCAGCUCGCAGCUAUUUGCAAGAUGCAGUUAGAAGAGCAGUCAAGUGAACCCAGAAAGAAAGUGAAAGUACAACUGGCAAGAUCUGUGCACUGCAAACCAGUGGCCCCUCUGGACACUCCAGCAAAUGCUGAGCUGGAGAUGACAGCACCAUCCCUCAUCCAGCCCCUGGGGGUGCUUCCCCUCAUCCCCAGCCCGUUGUCAUCGGCAGUGCCCGUGAUCCUACCUCAGGCCCCUUCGGGCCCAUCGUAUGCCAUCUACUUGCAGCCUACCCAGGCCCAAACAAUGACCCCGCCCCAAGGCCUGAGCCCCACAGUCUGCCCCACCCCCUCUUCUAACGCUACAAGAUCAAAAGACUCCACUGAUACCACCACUGAGAACACAGCCAAUGAUGCCCCAAAGUCCAGUGCCUCCGCCAGGCCUGGAAGCUUGCCGCCAGGGCUGGAGAGACAAGGUAUAAAAAACCGAGACAGGGAGGCUGCUGGAGAAAGAGGCUCAAAGAGGGCAAGCAUGCUUGAGGACAGUGGUUCCAGAAAGAGAUUUAAAGAAGACCUGAAAGGAGUUGAAAAUGUCUCCACACAUGGACUGAGCAGAACAAAGAAAGUGAGAGAUACCUUGUUCCCAUCAGGAUAUCUAAUCCCUCUCACCCAGUGCUCAACCCUGGGGGCAGAGUCCAUUUUGUCUAAUAAAGAAAACUCAGGUACACUUUCCCCAAACCACAGGAUCUACAGCUCCCCAAUUGCAGGUGUUAUUCCAGUGACAUCAUCCGAACUCACUGCUGUUAAUUUUCCCUCUUUUCAUGUAACACCUUUGAAGCUAAUGGUCUCACCAACUUCCAUGGCAGCCGUCCCUGUCGGGAACAGCCCGGCUCUCACUUCGAGCCACCCCGUUCCCGUCCAGAACCCAAGCUCAGCCAUUGUAAACUUCACCCUGCAGCACUUGGGCCUCAUCUCUCCCGGUGUGCAGGUGUCCACCAGCCCUGCACCCGGAACCAUUCCCGUGUCUCCAAGAAUAGAGGCUGUUAGUGUCAUACCAGAAAAUGCAGGCACUCAGCAAGGAAGGGCCACCAAGUAUGACGCAUCGGUCCUGGUCCAGAACCAAACAAAUGGACAAUCAGUUGCUGUGACAGGGGCACAACAGCCUGUUCCUGUGACACCCAAAGGGUCCCAAUUAGUGGCCGAAAGCUUCUUCCGUACCCCAGGGGGACCAACGAAGCCGACGGGCUCCUCCUGCGUGGAUUUCGAUGGUGCUAAUAACACCUCCGUAGGAACUCUCUUUGUCCCACAGCGAAAACUGGAAGUCUCAACAGAGGAUGUCCAUUAGUUGACAGAUCUGGCUUCGUUCAGUUUUCUAGAGUGGUUUAACAGAGAAGAUGUCCUCAGACUGAUGUGGAGAACAUGUUCUCCGAGAAUACUGUAAAUACAUUGGGGGUUUACUUAAUUUCAAAACAGACACUUGUUUUCCUACUUAUAUAUAUCCAUACACACAUAUAAAUAUAUAUUUGUAUUAAGCUAAGUUCAGCCAUCAGCGCUAAAAAAUAAAAGUAAAAUGUUGAACUAAGGUAUAUUAACUUCUAGGGAGAAAGGUUUCGUUGUUCCAGCUCUGCCUAUACUAUUAUGCCAAGUAAUGUUAAAGUUUACAUCCCUUUGAGUGGAUCUGUGACAGGUCUUACCUA